UCGAAUUUGUCUCUCCCACCAGCAGCCAGUGUGUCCAAUGCACGAUGAUCAUAAGCGUUUCGCGAGCGCAGGUGUGCGUAACAUAAUAUAGGUGGAUCUCGCGUGGCGGUAUUUAACGCGCCUACCUGCCUUGCAAAAAAAAAAUUCAUAAUAUCGGCGUCUUCCGGGGUUACUCGGAGAUGAUGGAUCUACACAUAUUGGAUCACAGUUUAAGGGUGACAUGUAUAAGCAAACCCGGACUGGAGCAUUACACACACCCACUGAUCAAACUGAUUUUUCUAAGAAACAGGACGAGAUGCAAAUUUUUUAGUCUAACGGAAACUCCGGAACAUUACACAGUUGUCCUUGAUGAAGAGGGAUUUAAAGAACUACAGCCAUCAGAGCACUUACAGGUGGAGGGCUCCACUUGGCUCCCACUUAACGUCGUCUCCAAUGGCAAUGCCUCCAGUAGCUCACAAGCUGUGGGUGUCACCAAGAUCGCCAAGUCCGUUAUCGCUCCAUUGGCCGAGCAGCACGUGUCCGUCUUCAUGCUUUCCACGUACCAGACAGACUUUAUUCUGGUGCGAGAGAAAGAUUUGUCAGUGGUGGUGGAGACUCUAGAGACGGAGUUUAAUAUUUUCAGAGAGGAGGGGGGUGAGCCUGUGCCUCUCCACAGUCAGGACGCCUGGGACGGCCUCCAUCGGAACGGCAGAGAGAUUCCACAUGCAACGGUUCAUCCCGUCUUGAUUCCGGAAAAUCAGUUCUGUGUAAUGAGUCUAGAUCCAGACACUCUGCCAACGAUUGCCACUACCCUUAUAGACGUUCUGUUCUACUCUAACAGUCCAAAAGAGGGCGCCAGUGUCGAUCAGAACAUGGAAUGCAUCAAGUUCUUCUCAUUCUCUCUGAUUGAUGGAUACAUCUCCUUGGUGAUGGACACAGAAGCACAGAGACAAUUUCCUGCAGAUCUUCUCUUCACCAGCAGUUCUGGUGAGCUCUGGAGGAUGGUGAGGAUAGGAGGACAGCCUCUUGGGUUCGAUGAGUGUGGGAUAGUUGCUCAGAUCUCUCAGCCCCUUGCAGACAGUGAUAUAUCGGCUUAUUACAUCAGUACCUUUAGUUUUGAUCAUGCUCUGGUGCCAGAAGAAGACAUUGUAAGUGUGACUGAGAUGCUUCAAGCUCAGAUGAAGGAUGUGUCCCACUGAAGCCCUUGUUAAAUGCGUCUUUAGGUUGAGGAGUGUCGAAAAAUGUCCAUACAGUGGAUGGUAGAUCUUUACUGAGCCAUUAACACAGUAUUACACCCCCAAUCAUCUAGCCAUAACCAGAGGGGUGCUACAGUUCAGGGUUUGUGAGCUUGGGGUGGUUUUUAAACAAAUGCCUACCCUUAAACUGUGCUUUAGCAGAAACAUUGUUGAUCAUAUCCCAUUAGAGAGAAUCCCAAGUAUUUUAUAUGCUUAUUUGAAGGACAUUGACAUUGCAUAUCUUUGCAGAAGCCCGACUGUUUGAAGCACUUGUGAAUUAGAAGUUAUGAUGUGUGCCAUUUGAUUUGUGGCCUUUAUUACUUCAAUGCAAUGGGAUAAUAAGCAAAUAUUGAGAUGUUUCGUCCUGAAAUAUGAAACUGGAAAAUCCCUAUUGGGGUUUAAUGGCUGCCAUUAUUUUAUGCCUUUUGCAGUGCAAGAACUCUUACUAUUGUGAGUACUCUGCUCAGGCAAGUCUUCCAGUAUUGUCAGGUUUUUUUUUAAUUAUUGUUUUAAAGGGAUAGUUCUCCCCAAAAUGAAAAUUGUCACAUUUUACUCACCUUCUUUCUUGCUUUCAUAGUAUGCAAAAGGAGAUGUUAGAUGUCAGCUUCAGUCACCAUUCACUUUCAUUGCAUUUUGUUCCAUACAAUAAAAGAAAGAGAGCCAUUUGGGUUUUGGAACAACAUGAGGGUGAGUAAAUGAUGACCGAAUAUUCAUUUUUGGGUUCACUAUCCCUUUAAGAGCAAGGAACAUAUAUUUUACUUUUGUAACCUUUGGUGUCAUUUAAAUAUUGCACAUAAAUAAGCAGUUACGGAUGGUGACCUAAAGGGCAAUUAAUGAGCAUUUCAAACAUAUCUUUGCACUGUUCGAGUGAUUAUAGUGAUUAUUUCAUGAAAAAUCGGAUAUAACCAAACCACAAGUGUUUACAACAAAGUUAUUCAAGUGAAUCGCACGAAGAACAUGUCCGUGUCAUAUUUCACGCUAAAAUCAAAUGAAAUUUCCCAUAAAGAAAAUGAAUCCUGGUUGCUUAUUUGUAAGGACCAUUAAGUAUUUUUACACUGGCAUUAUUUUAAUGACAGUUAAGUCAUUCUCAUUACUAUAAUUCCAAAAAAUGUGCAUUGCUUUACUGCGUUGGGGGGAAUAUGCUUAAUUGUUAUGAAAAAAAUGUCACAAUGCAAAAAAAUACAAUAAAAAAUCUUUAUAAAUGGAUCUUAUCUUUAAUAAACGGAUACUAUUAUGGAAGCGUAAUCAGCAUUGAUUUGGCUUUUAUUUUGCCCACAAACCGAUUAGAAAACUUUCAUCUAUUUGAAAUAACUUUGUAGCAGAUAUUUUUUUGAAAUAAAGAAAAUCCUCUUGCACAGCUGUCUCUUUUAAUGACGGCACAUUGGACUAUGCUCGUUACAUUUCUGCCUUUGCUGCCUCUAAAAGAGGCUCAGCAUCAGUGUGGCCUUACAAUCUCUCAUAAUAUUUGUUUUAUCCCAGAGCAGGAUGUUCUUUUGGAACUAAUUUUGUUCACUACGAAGGAACCAUGCUCAAAGGAGAGAUAUAUGACCAUAUGUAUAUGCAAAUUUGGAAACAAUUGUAUUGAAGCAAUUGUUUAGGACAUUUAUCCUCAAUGUGUGGUUUUGAUUAUUACAGGAGCCCCAAAAAUGACUUUUAAAAUGACCUAUGGAGAACUUUCUCAUUCCAGCCAUCGGUUUAAUGAGUUGGUUUAAAGUUCUGUUCCAUCAUUUACAUUAAUAUUAGUAAAUGCAUUAGGUGUCAUGAACUAACAAUGAAGAAUAUUUUUAGCAGCAUUUAUUAAUCUUGGUUUGUUAAUUGAUAAACACACAUUUGUUCAUCGUUAGCUCAUAUUGGUUUAUAAUGCAUUAACUAAUGUUAACGUAUACAACUUAUAAUUUAAAAAAUGGAUUGGUAAAUGUUGAAAUGAACAUUAACCAAGGGUAAUACAUUUUAUUAACGUUUAAAGAAAUUCCAGUGCCAUCAAGGAAAGAUUUUCAUGUUUAUUUUUUUUUUUUUUGGCAAAGACCAAGGCUAUGACAAAAAUCCAUUUGUAAAGGUCAGUACUCGUAAGAAUUUGUUAUUCUUUCUUGCUUUUUGUAGCCUAUGCUUUGGGCAUUUACCUAAAGUCAUUUUUGGUACAUUUUAUACAGUGUCAAAAGAAUUGCAUACCAGAGUUUGUAACUGCUUAUUCAAUAAACGACCGU